AUGGGCUCUCGUCUAAACUCAAACUCUGAUGCUAUGCGCAAGCGCAUUGAAAACCAUGACUUUGAGGACGAAACAGGCGAGGAGUAUGAAGCCUCCAGCUUUGGUGGGUUUGGGGAUUAUAUGCGACGCAAAAAGAUGAAGUUGCAGAACCUAGACGCGGACAUCCGAGCCUCAUCCGGGGACUGCCCUCCAAUAUUUCGUGGGAUCGUUGCGCACGUAAAUGGCUAUACCCAGCCUUCGCUACAAGAUCUCCACCGUCUGAUCGUCAGUCAUGGGGGUGGGUUUCUUCAGUAUUUGGACAACAAGACUGCUGCAACCCAUAUUAUUGCGAGCUCCUUGACGCCAAAGAAAUGCGAAGAGUUCCGACGGUACCGCAUUGUGAAACCGGCCUGGGUCACAGAGAGUAUCAAAGCAGGCCGCUUGUUACCUUGGAAUGAAUUUCGAGUUGUAGACGAAGGCCAGUCUCAGAAAGUUUUGAAAUUUGGUGGGGGUCGCAUGGGUAGUCAAGCCAGUACACCACGGUCGGGUUACAAAGAGCAAUCUAGCACAAGCUGGUACAAUUCCCAGCUUCAGGCUACGGGCACAAUUGCGACUAGCAGCGGGCAAAAUGCAAGAGACCAGAGGACUCCUUCAAAAGCACCUCCUCACAGUCCUACUUUACCACUUGGAUCUCCCGGAUCAAAUAAUCGCGGUCCUCCCAGCUCUCCCGUUGUCAGCAGCGCGAGUCAUCCCGCGCCAUCUGCAGAUUCCGGGAGCAGCGAAUCGGCGCCGACCAAAACCCCGUCUAGAAAAAGAACAGCGACAGCCAGUGAAUAUACAGAUGAAUUGGAAAGCCCUCGCAAAGAAGACUCCUCUCGAAUCCAAGUCGAUCCGAUCCUCAGCAAUAGUGCGCACAAGCCUUUGAACCUAUCAGGAUCCCAGUUCAUCAUGCCAGCCCAACCAGAACCGAAACCCCAUCCUGCGCCUGUUGCGGACAUCAGAUCAAAGCUUGCAGCACAGGCAAAGCCUCGAGACGACACCCGAUCAGGCUCCCCUUGCCCGCCGCCACGUGAAACCCAGGAGCGCUCUCCAGACGCACGCGAGCCUGCUGGUGGAGACCAACCUGAUGAGGCCCAGCUAGAUCCGGAAACUUUGGCGGCCUUGCCGGAGGACAUCCGCAAUGAAGUACUAGCUCAUUACGGCCAGCAGCCCAGCGAGCCUACCCCAGCGCCAUUGGUAGCCCUCGCGCCUUCAACACGAUCAACGCCCUCCAAGUCUGCAGGGGUUGAAAGAUCUGGCUCGCCAUUGAAGAAGCCAAGCCGUUCUUCUAAACUAGGAACAGGCUCCACUAGGACCUUGAUGCAAUUAGGAUUUGUUUCGCAAUCUGUCCCUGCCAAGGGCCCUACUCCCGAUUCCACGCCCAGAUUGCCAUCCCCUACGGCAGUAUCACAGACCGUGUAUUCAGUUUCUACACCCACGUCACCUGAAAGACGGCCCAAAUAUGAGGAUCAAGAGGAACCCGACAAACAAAAAGAAACAGCACACCAGGUUGAUUUGGAGAAAACCCCCGAAGCAGACAGCCAACCUGAUCUCUCGGAUCGACCCGUUUUCACUUCUCGUGGCUUGUCGAAUCUGAAUGAUCUUCGAGACGCAAUCAGCGCCUGGCAUUCCACAUUCACAACCGAGGGUCCAUACGAUGAUGAUGUCGAAGCGCUUUGCACAUACCUACGCCGCGUGAUCUCAGAGGAGAACGAUGUUGAUAAAGCGGUUUCCGUGGUACGGUGGCUUAUGUGGCUUGUUGAUAAAGACCCACGGGACGAAGAGGGCCCGCCAGAGUCCCGUCCUGAGGAUGUUGUGACUUGGCCGGAGUCUAUCAAAACCAUGCAAGAGAGUAUCCAGUCCGCUUUGGAGGCAAAGGGGCUGCCGGCCGUGAAGUUUGAAUUG